UGUGCCGGCAUGGAAUCCUACAACGUUGUGCGGUAUAAUUGGGGUUUACCAACUUUUCUGAACUUUAAAACAUAGCCACACACUUCUUAUAUACGAUAAACACGACACCUUCAUCGGAUGAAGGUCUAGAGUAAGUAAUUAAUAAGCUUAAAGCAACCACAACAUGUUCGUGCUAGCGGAAUUGAAAGACAACGUGCGGAUAGCACCGGAGCUGUUUGGAUUGAAACUACCCGAGGCAGUUAGAGAUGAAAUCAAUCGAAAGUUAGCCAACAAGGUCCUGCUGAACGUCGGGUUAUGCAUCGCGCUGAAGGACAUAGUAAAGCUGGGCGACUCGAUUAUCCUGCCUGGCGACGGUGCCUCGCACACGGAAGUAAACUUCCGCUACAUCGUUUUUCGACCAAUGAUUGGCGAUGUUAUAACGGGCAAAAUUCGUAGCUGUAGCCGUGAGGGUGUUCACAUUACGCUCGGUUUCUUCGAUGACAUCCUGAUACCUCCAUCGGCACUUCAGCAUCCUUCACGCUACGAGGAAGCCGAGCAGGCUUGGGUGUGGGAGUACCCGCUGGAGGAUGGAAAAUCUCACGACCUUUACAUGGACAUCGGGGAGAGCAUAAAGUUUCGAGUGUCGGGUGAGGUGUUCGAGGAGAGUUCACCCGUCGGGCCUCCCGACCAAGAGGUUCCGUCCGGCGCGGCCGGUGCCAGUUCUAGUGGGGUGGGCUCGAGUGGUACCACACCGCAGGAUACCAACAAAACUCCCUAUCGAAUCGUAGCGGCCAUUAACGAGUCCGGAUUGGGUCUGCUGUCGUGGUGGGUUCAGCAAAACCAAGAAGAGGAAGAAGAAGAAGACGAAGAUGCAGAUGGAGAAGAGCAGGAGCAGGAUCAAGGCGUUUCAGGCGAGGAAGAUGAAUAAAAUUAUCUCAUAAAAUGAAAAAACAAACUUACCUCACGCAUAACAUACGUACAAAGUGAAAUCAAGUAAGUCGUUGUAAUUUAAAGGUUUUUUCUUCCGUUUCUUAUUUCUCUGGAUUCUUAUCGAGCUUUUCCAUCCCAUGGUUAAACUUUAUACAUCCGUACAUUGUGUAUCUUAAAGUUUUUCGUUACAGAAAGUUUGCUGUCCAGCUGCAGCUGUGUUUUGGUUGCAUUUGUUAUUCGCGUCCUACUUCUUUUGAUGCUUUUGCUAUGCUAUAUUAUAUAUUCUUGUAACCUUCCCCUAGUCGCAGUAGCAGUUGGCUUUGAAAUUUAGCAAAUGUUGCCUUGAUUUGGUUCAAUGUUUUCU